CUCUGACUGCUGCUGUUGUUGUUGCAGCUGGUGAUGGAGUUCUGCGGCGCCGGCUCGAUCACUGACCUGGUGAAGAACACUAAAGGGAACACACUGAAGGAGGACUGGAUCGCCUACAUCUCCAGAGAGAUCCUCAGGGGUUUGGCCCAUCUACAUGCUCAUCACGUCAUCCACCGAGACAUCAAGGGCCAAAACGUGCUGCUGACUGAGAACGCAGAGGUCAAGCUGGUGGACUUCGGCGUCAGUGCUCAGCUGGAUCGAACCGUCGGCCGCAGGAACACCUUCAUCGGGACGCCGUACUGGAUGGCUCCAGAGGUCAUCGCCUGCGACGAGAACCCGGACGCCACCUACGACUACAGGAGUGAUCUGUGGUCGUGCGGCAUCACUGCGAUAGAGAUGGCGGAGGGCGCACCUCCACUGUGUGAUAUGCAUCCCAUGCGAGCGCUCUUCCUCAUACCCAGAAAUCCUCCUCCCAGACUGAAGUCCAAGAAGUGGUCUAAGAAGUUCUUCAGCUUCAUCGAGGGCUGUCUGGUGAAGAACUACACGCAGCGGCCGCCCACUGACCAGCUCCUCAAACACCCCUUCAUCAGGGACCAGCCCAACGAGAGGCAGGUGCGCAUACAGCUCAAGGACCACCUGGACCGCUGCCGCAAGAAGCGCGGAGAGAAGGAUGAGACGGAGUAUGAGUACAGCGGCAGUGAGGAGGAGGAAGAGGAGUCGCAGGAGCAGGAGGGAGAGCCCAGCUCCAUUGUGAACGUGCCGGGCGAGUCGACCCUGCGGCGGGACUUCAUCCGUCUGCAGCAGGAGAAUAAGGAGCGGUCGGAGGCUCUGCGGCGCCAGCAGCUCCUGCAGGAACAACAGCUGCGCGAGCAGGAGGAGUACAAGCGCCAGCUACUGGCCGAACGGCAGAAGCGCAUUGAGCAGCAGAAGGAGCAGAGGCGGCGUCUGGAGGAGCAACAGAGACGCGAGCGGGAGAUGCGGAGGCAGCAGGAGCGAGAGCAGCGGCGCAGGGAACAGGAGGAGAAGCGGCGAGUGGAGGAGCUGGAGCGGAGGCGCAAGGAGGAGGAGGAGCGGCGGAGGGCAGAGGAGGAGAAGCGCAGAGCGGACCGAGAACAGGAGUAUAUCCGCCGGCAGCUGGAGGAGGAGCAGCGGCACCUGGAGAUCCUGCAGCAGCAGCUCCUGCAUGAACAGGCGAUGCUCCUGGUGGACGAGCGGCACCGCAGGAACGUUCAGGGCUCUCCUCAGGCCGCGGUGCUGCAGAAACAGCCGCCCGCUGUCCCGCCGCGAGCCUCCGAGCCCUUCUCUAACGGUAGCGCUUCUGAGCAGAGCCACCGGGCACCGGAGCCGCAGGACCUGACGGCGCUGGCCAAGGAGCUGCGCGCGGUGGAGGACGUGCGGCCGCAGCACAAGGCUACAGAAUACUCUUCCUCCAGCGACGACUCCGGAACCACUGACGAUGAGGAUGAUGAAGAGGUGGAGCAGGACAUCGGAGACGAGUCCACAUCCGGCCCAGAGGACUCCAGAGGAGGCUCCUCCAGACUCAGUAAUGGAGAGACGGAGGCAUCCAAGACUAUGGUGGUGCAAGACGACGACAGCUCCUCUACACCCUGCAAAGACAGCACGCUGGUCAUGAGACAGUUCCAGAGGUCAGGGCCCGUCACGCUGCUGGGCUCCGGCUGGACAGACGCUUCUAGCCGCAGUCCUGUAGAGAUUGUCCAGAGGAGCUGCGUCAGGGGCAGAAACCCGCUGCUGCCCGACCUGCUCCAGCAGAGCCCACGUGCCCCCCCGCCCCUGCCCUCCCCCUGCAGCCCCGCUCGAUCCCCCCUCGGCCCCCCAGAGCCCGGCCCACGCCUGAGCCUGAGCGAGACUCCCACCGUGCCCAAACACAAGUCUUCCUCCUCCUUCACUCCUUUCAUUGACCCGCGUCUGCUGCAGAUCUCUCCAUCCACCGGCAGCGCACUCAACAACGCAGGUUACAGUAAUGAUGCUCGGCUGCAGGAGGCGCUGCGGCAGGACGCGUCCCGCAAGGGUUCAGUUGUGAAUGUCAAUCCCGUGAACACGCGACCACAGAACGACACGCCGGAGAUCCGCAAAUACAAGAAGAGGUUUAACUCCGAGAUCCUGUGCGCGGCGCUCUGGGGGGUGAAUCUGCUGGUGGGGACGGAGAGCGGGCUCAUGCUGCUGGACCGCAGUGGUCAGGGUAAGGUGUACCCGCUCAUUAACCGCCGGCGCUUCCAGCAGAUGGACGUCCUGGAGGGACUGAAUGUGCUCGUCACUAUAUCAGGGAAGAAGAAUAAGCUGCGUGUCUACUAUCUGUCCUGGCUGAGGAACAAGAUCCUCCACAAUGACCCUGAGGUGGAGAAGAAGCAGGGCUGGACCACCGUGGGGGAUCUGGAGGGGUGUGUGCACUACAAAGUGGUGAAGUACGAGAGGAUCAAGUUCUUGGUUCUGGCUCUUAAAAACUCAGUGGAGGUGUACGCCUGGGCCCCCAAACCAUACCAUAAAUUCAUGGCGUUCAAGUCGUUUGGGGAUCUGGUGCACAAGCCGCUGCUGGUCGACCUGACGGUUGAAGAAGGUCAGAGGUUAAAGGUCAUCUACGGGUCGUGCUCGGGCUUCCAUGCAGUGGACGUGGACUCUGGAGCGGUCUAUGACAUCUAUCUGCCCACUCAUAUUCAGACCAGUAUUCAGUCUCACGCCAUCAUCAUUCUGCCAAACACUGAUGGCAUCGAGCUGCUGGUGUGUUAUGAGGACGAGGGUGUGUACGUCAACACAUACGGCCGCAUCACCAAAGACGUGGUGCUGCAGUGGGGCGAGAUGCCUACAUCUGUUGCUUACAUUCGCUCUAACCAGAUCAUGGGCUGGGGAGAGAAGGCCAUCGAGAUCCGCUCUGUGGAAACGGGACACCUGGACGGAGUCUUCAUGCACAAAAGAGCACAGAGACUCAAGUUCCUGUGUGAGAGAAACGACAAGGUGUUCUUCGCCUCGGUGCGCUCCGGCGGUUCCAGUCAGGUGUACUUCAUGACUCUAGGCCGGACCUCCCUGCUCAGCUGGUGAUCGGGUCUCAGUCCACAGGCCCAUGAGUGAUGCUUACACACACACACACACACGCACACACACACACACACACACACACACACACCGUACUGUCCUCUGCAUGAGGAGCCGGCUUGAGUAUCUACAGUAUUAUUGCUAGUCUGUGUAAAUGUCUUUCUCUAGAGUUUAAGGAAUCUGGAGGAACGCUGAAGUUCUGCCUGGCGUCCAGCGGCGUACACACACACACACACACACACACACACACACACACACACACACACGGACGCGCACACACACACACACACACAGUCUUUAUUUAUGGGUUAUAUUUAUUUGUAGGGCUUUUAGUUUGUACUGUAGUUGGAGUGUUGUGGGAGAUGCCGACAGAACUUCAGUGUUCCAGUGUGAACUUUACAGAUCCUCUGAAGAGGUCAAAGGUCACCUGAGGUCAACAGGAAGUGGCCGGUGGACUGACAUCUUCUUCUUCUUCUUCUUCUUCUCUGUCCUCUGUCUGUCUCCUUGAGCCUUGUUCCUGCUGUGUGAAUAGUGUUGAGCAGUGACGGCUUCAGUGUGUCUGUGUGUGUGUGUGUGUGUGUGUGUGUUCCUGCAGAAGAUCCUUUGUUUGCUGCAUCUGGACACACACACACACACACACACACACACACACACACUCUCCCUCUCUCUCCAGAACCGCUGUUUCAGCUGACCUCUGACCCAGGACUGAUUUAUAGGAUGGGUUAACGUGAGUUUUUCCACACGGAUGUUUCUCGUCAUGCAGCGCCGCUGUGAAUCUGAGAUUAUACACACACACACACACUCACACACACCGAAACGCCUCUCUGUAGGGACUCUUUCCUCAUGUUUUAUGUGAAAGACUGUCUGGUCAUGGACUUUAUUAUAAUGAUUACUGUUCUGAUUUGUAACUGACUGUGUAUAUAUACUGAAUAAAGCAGGACUGUGGUGUGAAGUGAGUGAGCCACGAGGAGGAGGAGGAGGAGGAGGAGGAGGAGGAGGAGGAGGACAUGAGCUUGCAUGAGUCCAGAGAAACUUCUGCUCUAGAAAGAGCUUUAUUAUUUCAGUCUGCUGUCUGUCCUUCCUCAUUCACACAUACACACACACACACACACACACACACACACACACACACACACACACACACACUCCCUCUUCUGCUCAUCUUAGUGAUCUGUUCUGUUUGCAGUCCUCACCUCUGCUCUCCUUCAUCCAGUAUUUAUAGGUUUAUAUUUCUGUUGCUCGUGAUCAUUAGCAGUAGAUCAUGUUAGCGGUUCAACACAGAACUGAUGGUUUAUUCUGAUGUGAAGAGACUCUUGCCAUUGCUCAGCCGAGCGCGUGUAGAGACGCCUGACCUGAAGCUGUAAUGUGGAUGAUCUCCUCUGCUUUACUCGUUGGCAGUUGUGUACGUCAGAUAUUGCCCUGACAUGAUUUCAGCAUGCUGCAGAGGUGUUGUCCAGCGCAGGUUUGCAGAUCUGAUGUCCAUCGCUGUCCUGUUUUGAUAUGAUUUUGUAUUAUGAUUUCAGCCAUAACUCCUGCUAAUGCUAGUGAUGAUGGGAUGUGUCUCGGCUUCUCUCUGCUGACUGGUUGUCUGUUUCAGUCGUGGCACUGUAUCGUUCGUCCUCUCUCUAUAUGACAGGAAGUCCUGUAUUUUCCUGACGGUCCUUUGUUUUCCUUUGAAAAUAAAUUCCUUUACUUUAAGCGCU